AUGGCUCGAACACGCAUCGGCGGGGACCAGGCCGACAAGUUCGCGGACCUCGAAGCGCGCGUCGACGCGCAGGCGCGGGCGACCGCCACAGAGCUCCAAGAGAUCCGCGCUGCACUUCGCGUCCUCGGGCGAGCCGACGUCGAGGCCGAGCGCGACGACGCGCUGCGAACCAAGACAGCCCUCGAGCACGAGAACGCCGAGCUCAAGACCAAGCUUGCCGCUCUAUCGCGUGACCACGAGGAGCUCCGGGUGAACUUUGACAAGCUCCUUCAUGAUGUGCAGCACUCGACAGCGAGCAUGGUCGCCAAGUACAACCGUGGCGAGGGCGAUGCUCUGGCCGUGCCGGGACGGGCCGUUGCUCCUCCUGUCGCCGGUAAGCGAACGAGUGACGGCCCUGCGGCAGCGAGUGCUGUGGCGAAGCGCCCCCGACGACAUGGCCAUGGCAUCGUUGCAGGCCAAGGUGGGGCAGCCUCGGUCGCGCUCACUCCGGUGUCCGCACCUUCUCCAAAGGCCCCUUCACGCAGCGUUGCGUGUCUUGAAGCGGGCAUGGACUUGACGACAGACCUUGUGGACCGUUUCCUCGCCAAGCUCCAGGACGGUGCCUGUGCAGCGACCAAGCCGUACUGCCGCAUCCUUCCGGCAUCUGUGUUGUCAUCGCUCAUGGAAUCUGGCGCGCUGGUGCCAUCACCAGCAGCGUAUCUGGACCUUCUCUCAACUGAGAUUGUCGUGCUGCCACUCCUUCUAGGAGGCCACUGGAGCGUGACCAUGGUCUUCCGUCUCGACGCAGCUGCGACCGAGACGGCAAGGAUUGCAUUUUUCGACACGUUCGACAGUCAGCACCAGGAGCACGCGAUUCACGCCGAAGUGCACACGUUUCUGUCAAAUGUGCAGCAUGAGAGCCGUCCGCGCAGUCGGCAGCCGCUGAACACGAGUAAGGUCAAUUUCAAGGUGCCAUUGCAGCGCAACCCCAACGACAGUGGCAUCUCGAUGCUGCUCUACGUGGAAACAGCACUUUUCGCGUACAGCCAAGUGCGAUGGGCACGCAACCACGGCAACAAAUCGCCUGACGUCGAUUUUGAUGCGAUGCGCCUUUUGUUUGAACAAACGCUCACAGUCGCCAACUUGAGAAUGCCGGUUCACAAAAGACGUCAAGAGAUGCUCGAGGCGCUCCGAGACUCCGAUAAAAACUAA